AUGGCCACCAAGACAAAACAUUAUGUAAAUCCAGAAACCAGGCAAACCUACUUCACCAGGGGGGGGACGCAAAUCACAAUUUCAAAACCACAGCUGAUUAAUUUACUCUACCAAACUGCUUUCUUUCUUCCAGGAAAAGGAUCAGCAGAGAAGACUAAUACGUUCAGUCGAUUAGCUUUGUUGGGCAACAGUUCCUCUUACUGCAACAGCAUGGCCUCCAGACACGCUUGCCUCAACUUCUUGCACAUCAUUGCAUUUAUGUCAACUGCCACACUCUCCAGUCCAGAGAAGCCCCUAUUAGUGAAUUACAUGUACUCCGGCAACAGUCUCAGAGAGUACAUAGGGAACAGCAGCUUCAACUAUAUAUCAAAAGCAGGCCUUCCCAACAGAAUCCUCAUAUCCAUAUGCUGGGAGUCACAGAAUCCACACUGCACUGUGUCCGCAACGACAAGAGAGAAGACCCUCGGUUCUUUGUGUCACAACGCUACCACUCGGUACAUCAUCAAGUACAAUGAUGAAUCCAACUGUAGAUGCUUUAGGGGAAACAGGUGGAAGGGCCCGAGAGUGUAUCAUGAUGUGUUCACCGACAAGACUGGACCUAAGUGGAGCAUAACAGAAAAUAGAACAAGGUGCAAAACAUCAGAAUUUGUCCAGAGUGAACAAGAAACCCACAGUAUCACAGUUUACGUGUACAAGAAUAAGUCCAUAGACAUACCAGUGUGCACAAACGGAAUCAUACCGUACAAGGGGUAUAUGUCUAAUCGGGAAGCUGGCGUCAGAUACUUUUACUUAGAAAAAGAAGGCGUUAACAUAACAUAUCCUAUAUUCAAAUGUCAAUUGUAUAGUAUGGCCAUUAAAGAGAAAAACCUGAGUCAAGUGAUAGAUGAGUAUAAUUUCUCGGUGUCUAACGGCGAAGAAACGCAAGUGGCUUCCCUGCAUAAUAUAUCUAUCGUUGUAAAUCAGAUGAAACGGGAAAGGGCAACCACAUCCACGCCAUUACCCACACCUGAAGACCCAAAUCACCAGAGUCUCAGUGUAUUGACGGAUCCCUCGAUCAUUUCUGGGACGUUUGCUUCCAAGGCUAGCGUCGGUUUUGUAGUGUUGGCGUUUUGUGCGGGGCAGUUUGGUUGGACUAGACAUUGAGACUUUUAUUUUGAGAAAAUAUGGCUGCAAAGUGUGAAGUGUUGAAAAUAUUUACGGUCUCGGUUUCGAAAAGAGCGCUAAAUCUUAAACUUGGUACUAAUAAAGCUCUCUGAAUAUGGACUAAAUAGGGUUAGUAAAGACGACAGGAAAUUCGUUCUUUUCAUGUUUUGUUGUUUACGCCUUGCGAACGUCUCUGUUUCUCACUUUCUUCACUGCACUACGUCUAUCCUUGCUUUUAGAGUCAGGUCGAAGAAAAUAGUCCCGGCUCACUUGAUGUAGAAAUGUUAAAUUUGGACAUUUAAUAGCAUUAUAGGCUAAAAUCAGUUUUAAAAAUCCAAGGCAAAUAGCUUUCAUAUUUUGCAGACAAUCUUUAUUCUCUCCAGAAAAAAACUAAAGUAUUUACAAUAUGUCACAAUAUUUCUUGUGAACUCCACUUGUAAUAAACAAAGUUUGUAAUCAAUAAGUUUAGAUUUCUGUGUAUUAUGUGACUUUAUAUUUUUUUUACAAAAACAGCUAAUAUAAAUUAUAUAUAUAUAUAUAUAUAUAUAUAUAUAUAUAUAUAUAUAUAUAUAUA